AUGGUCAAGUCGGACGCCGAUGUAAUCAAGGAGUUCAACGAGCUGGUCAACAUGACCGCGCCCGAGCUGGAAAAGUGGCUCAAGUCGGACGACUCCACCUCGUCCGGCUGGACCAACGGCAACUCGGACGGCGAGACCGUCGGCCACAACUCGGGCACCAAGAUCGUCGACAUCCUCAAGCGCAACCCGGACAAGAAGGACGACAAGUACACCGACGACGACCUCAAGCACAUGCGCAAGGUCGUCAGCUACAACAAGCGCCACCUCGCCCAGGAGGAGCAUCUCAAGCAGAAAAAGUCGGCCGACGAGCUCAAGCAGACCAAGAGCUACAAGAGUCUCAAGACUGCGGCCGACCCAGCGCUCCGCGCCUUUACCGGCAGGCUGCUGCUGCUACAACCGACUUCGCCUUUCCGACAAACACAUGGUGCAUCCGACCCACUGGCAUCGUCGGCUUCGUCGUCGUCCGCCCCAGCCGCUUCCGGCAGCUCUUUCCGCUCGGACGUAGCGCUUCCAACCGCACUCAACCUCGGCAAGAUCGGCUCGUCGGCUACCACCGCCUCCACGGCCGCAGCGUCGUCGCUCGCGUCCGCCCAGGCGCGCCUCUCGUCGGCAGAGUACCUCGACCAGCUCGAGGAGAGCGUCAACAAGACCAUCGACGCCGAGAUCGACACGCUGCUCACGAGUUACAAGGAGCUCGUCAGCCUCGCCAGUAUUGCGGACAAGGACAAGUUCCGUGUGGCGCAGGAGGCGUUCCAGACUGAAGCGAGAGCGGAUAUCAUGGUUCGGUCGGUGCAGACGCUGUCGUUGCUCUCCGAGUCGCUCAAGCUGUCGCUGCUGCUGUCCAAGGCGCCGGAUGCGACGCUCAGCGACGAGGCGGUCGAGCUCAUGCACAGCACCGAGCGCGAGAAGCUCAAGUGCGCCGUGCUGCUCGCCGAGCUGCUCGGCCUGGACAAGCAGGCGGCAGGCGAGUGGGUCGAGCAGAUGGACAGCAACGUCUCGGCGAAAGCUGGGGCACCGCCCUCAGGGCCCGCAGCGCCAACCGAGGCCAGCGAGACUCGCACCGCAGAGUCGCAAGCUGCUGCGGCAACACAAGCCGACGCGGAAGACGACGACAUCGACGACGACGACAUGGAAGACGUUUCUGCCGGCUGA